GUCGUGUCAGUGUUUUCAGCAAGUUCGGUUUCACCGUGGAUGGAGAGCGCUUGGUGAAGAUUUUUCUUCGGUACACUCCCUUGGACAACUAUCCCUGGAACCGGAAUCCGGAACCUGACGAAAAGGGCAACCCGGUGUUGCUAGCUGACGCAGAACACCUGAUCACGGAAAUCCGCUACAAUCAUGGGCAUUAAAUUCUUGGAGGUCAUCAAACCCUUCUGCAGCAUCCUGCCGGAGAUUGCGAAGCCGGAGCGCAAGAUCCAGUUCCGCGAGAAGGUGCUAUGGACGGCCAUCACGCUGUUCAUCUUCCUGGUGUGCUGCCAGAUUCCGCUGUUCGGAAUCAUGAGCUCCGACUCGGCCGAUCCCUUCUACUGGAUUCGUGUCAUCUUGGCGUCGAAUCGAGGAACGCUGAUGGAACUUGGCAUUUCGCCGAUCGUGACGUCCGGUUUGAUCAUGCAACUGCUGGCCGGUGCGAAGAUCAUCGAGGUCGGUGACACACCGAAGGAUCGAGCACUGUUUAACGGAGCGCAGAAGCUGUUCGGAAUGGUCAUUACGAUCGGACAGGCGAUUGUGUACGUCAUGACGGGGAUGUACGGCGAUCCGGCCGAGAUUGGCGCCGGAGUUUGUCUGCUGAUCAUCAUCCAGCUGUUUGUGGCGGGUUUGAUCGUGCUGCUGUUGGACGAACUUCUGCAGAAGGGAUACGGACUGGGUUCGGGUAUUUCGCUGUUUAUCGCUACGAACAUUUGCGAAACGAUCGUGUGGAAGGCGUUCUCGCCGGCGACCGUCAACACUGGCCGUGGAACCGAGUUCGAGGGUGCGGUCAUUGCGCUGUUCCAUCUGUUGGCCACCCGUCAGGACAAGGUUCGCGGUCUGCGCGAAGCUUUCUACCGCCAGAACCUGCCCAAUCUGAUGAACCUGCUGGCGACCGUGCUCGUGUUUGCGGUGGUGAUAUACUUCCAGGGCUUCCGCGUGGAUCUACCGAUCAAGUCGGCCCGCUACCGUGGCCAGUACAGCAGCUACCCGAUCAAACUGUUCUACACCUCGAACAUCCCGAUCAUUCUGCAAUCCGCGCUCGUCUCUAACCUGUACGUCAUCUCGCAAAUGUUGGCCGUCAAGUUCCACGGCAACUUCCUGAUCAACCUGCUCGGCGUGUGGGCCGACGUUGGAGGUGGCGGCCCAGCCCGUUCCUACCCGAUCGGUGGCCUGUGCUACUAUCUGUCCCCGCCGGAGUCCCUCGGCCACAUCGUGUCCGAUCCGAUCCACGCCGUGCUGUACAUCAUCUUCAUGCUCGGCUCGUGCGCGUUCUUCUCCAAGACCUGGAUCGACGUGUCGGGCAGCUCGGCCAAGGACGUCGCCAAGCAGCUCAAGGAGCAGCAGAUGGUGAUGCGUGGCCACCGGGAAAACUCCAUGAUCCACGAGCUGAACCGGUACAUCCCGACGGCGGCCGCCUUCGGAGGACUCUGCAUCGGUGCGCUGUCCGUGCUGGCCGACUUUAUGGGCGCGAUCGGGUCCGGAACCGGUAUCUUGCUCGCCGUCACCAUCAUCUACCAGUACUUUGAGAUCUUCUUGAAGGAGCAGAGCGAAAUGGGCGGCAUGGGAACGUUACUCUUCUAGAUCUGCAUGGCUAAUUCAAAACACUUUUUAUUUGGUUUUUCCACUCUCUCACAAUUUAAAAUGAGAAAGAUUAACUUAAGCGCGCGCAGUUUGUAUUUGUGUAGGUGUGUGAUGAUGAGAAAACAGUGAUCAGGCAGGUGAAAUCACUACAAUUUACGGUGACGCAAGCGAAAGUAAAUUGUAACUGAUUUCGUGAAUUGUAUUUAGUAGGGACUUUGGCCAACACGGUCGAUAGACGAAGGUAGGGCGAGCAAUCAUGCACGUUUAGUUUAGUAGGUUAUAUUAUCUAUCGAGUGUGAAGAGGAAGAGAAGACUUUUUUUUCGCGAAACGCUAUAAAUUAUCAUUUAAACAUCAUACCUUUUUUGUUUUAUUUUAUUUCAUUCCUUAUCUGAAAUUUGAAUACUGCAAGCAUGCAAGUAAUGCAACACACACACGCUAUAAUAGCGCGAAUGAUGUCAAUAAACGAUGUGUAGAAUAUGAAAUAAAA